AUGUCCGACAAACUCGUUCCUUCAGAUCCUGAGAAAGUCAUGGUUAUCCGUGAUGUGACGCCGAAUGUGACGACACUCUCAGUGCCCUUCUUACGAUUUGGCAUGAUCAAAUUCGGUGGUAGAGCUACUAUUGUCCGUCUCACAUCUGGUCAACUCGCCGUCUUCUCUCCCGUUGCCCUCACCCCCUCGGUAACAACCAAACUCCAAUCCCUCGGAAACCGCGUCGCCUACGUCGCAGCCCCCGAUCUCGAGCACCACAUCUUUCUUUCCGACUGGCACAAAGCCUAUCCAAACGCCCACUUCAUUGCCCCGAGGAAACGUGCUGAACAAGCCAAGUCGGAUGAAAAGGUUACCAAUGUCCAUUUCCAAACGAUUUUUACCAAGAAAAACAAGGCCGAGAUUCGAAUCUCGCCGGAAUUCGACACAGACUUCGAAUAUGAAUUUGUAGAUUCGCAUCCGAAUAAGGAAUUGGUGUUUUAUUAUAAACCAGAUAGAACAUUGAUUGAAGCAGAUAUGAUGUUUAACAUGCCGGCUACAGAACAGUAUUCUAAGACGGGAGAGGAUGCUAGUUCGGGAUUUGCGACAAAGUUGUUUGGUCAUCUUCAGACGACUAAUGGAUCGGCAAUAUGGCAAAAGAGAAUGUUGUGGUACUUGUUCAGUAAGAGUGAUAGAGAGGGUUUCAAUCGGAGCGUGAAGAGAAUUAAUACGUGGGGAUUUGAGAACAUCAUACCUUGUCAUGGAGAUACGAUUGUUGGGAAUGGUAAAGGGAUUUUUGAAAAGGUCUUCGCGUGGCAUUUGCAGGGAAAAAAUUCCAAGUAG